AUGAGAAUAUCCAAGUAUUUUUUCGUUGCUCUGCCUCUCUCUCCCUGUGUCUCUUUUGCUUUCCCUCCUCCCCUACUGCCUACUCCCUGCUUUCCUCCUCCCCUCCUGCCUACUGCUGGCCAGCUGACUACACACACCUGCUGCCAAUCACCCAUCACUGCCCUCCCGCCGCUCACACCUGCCAUCCAUCUGCAAUCAAGCACAGUACUUCAACCCCGGCCCAACAGACCAUCUCUGCUGAAUUGUUGCCUCAUCUUCUCUGAUCCACUUCCUCCCUCUGUUCCAGUCAGCUGGCCUCCCCGUUCAGUCCUCCUCCCACGGCACCCUACAUCGCUCUGCCUCCGCUUCCUCGCUCCGGCCAGCCCUCCUCCGCUCCUCGGCUCCCCCGUUCCAGUGCCUCCUCCGCGGCUUCCCAGCCCCGGUUUCCCCGCGUCUCCCUGAGUUCCCUGGUCAUCCUAGAUUUUUCCCUUGAGCCCCUGCCAUCCUAGUUUCUUCACCUUCGUCCCU